AGACUAGGUAGUUCGGGCCCGGCCGUGACGGACCGGAAGGAUUGAUAGUUUGACCCGUCUAGUAUUCCGAUGAUAGCCGCGCCGGACAGUAUAGGUACCUGCCUUAGCCAAGAUAAGGUGCUUUUGCGAUACUAGAGUUGAAGUAUUCAAGUACGGCGCACUGUGCUACUUGCACCUGCCUAAGCCGAAUGUACAAUAUGUCAAUAUGUGCGAUACGAGAAUAUUGAGACAGAUACCAGUUUCCCUUGGAAUUCUUAGAAGUAGCAUAAGAGCACGUGUGGUACCGAAGCUCUAUACCUCUACGGAUAUUCAAACUACCCCGCAUUCGCGUUCAUAUUGCGAAAUCAUCCCACUUAGAACACCUAAACCACCUAAACCACCAAAACCACCUAAAGCUUCUUUAGCUUUCGCAACUAGACACAUAACAACGACAACGCCAGCGCCAGCGCCAGCGAGGUCCACAAUGUCUAAGGCGAAUAUCGAUGUCGAGAAAAUCCUUCAGGGGAAGUACCCGGCCAAGGCGCAUGCGAAGCGCGUGGUCGAGUAUAUUAGAUCUAAAAUCCCCGAUGCUACCGGUAUUCUGUACCUGGAGGGACGAUCAGACAAGCUAUUGGAAGACAGCGACGAGUCAAUUCCUUUCCGACAACGGAGGGCUUUCAUGUACCUGACUGGUGUCGACGUUGCCGACUGCUUCUUUAUCUACGAUAUCGCGACCGAGCACUCGACCCUCUUUAUCCCUCCUAUAGACCCGGACUCCGUUAUCUGGUCUGGCUUGCCAUUGUCUCCCGAGGAAGCUCUGUCGACGUACGACGUCGACGCUGUUCUUCCCUCUACCGAGCUCAACCCUACACUGGCUAGGCUAGGAAGCCCCCCCAAUACCACAGUCUUUGCCAUCGCCGAUCGCGUCUCGGAUGCCGUGACCUUCCUAGAGUUUACCAACAAAGAUUUCACCGUCCUAGGCGAAGCCAUUGACGAGAGCCGUGUCAUCAAGGACGAGUACGAGAUCGCUCUCAUCAAGAAAGCCAAUGAGAUUAGCGGAGUCGCCCACAAGGCCGUCCUCGAAAGGGUGAAAAAGGCCAAGAACGAAUAUGAAUUGGAGGGAGUAUUCGUGGGCACGAGUAUUUCUCAGGGGGCCAAGAAGCAAGCGUACCCCAGCAUCGUUGCCAGUGGACGAGCCGCUGCUACUCUACAUUAUGUUCACAAUAACAAAGAUCUAAUUGGAAAGGAUCUGCUACUUUUGGAUGCUGGUGCCGAGUGGAGUUGCUAUGCUUCUGAUAUCACGAGAACCUUCCCCAUUUCCGGAAAAUUCACCGAAGAGUCUCGAGCUAUUUACGAGAUUGUUCUCCAGAUGCAAACAGACACUAUUGCCGCCCUGAAAGAAGGAGUGUCCUGGGAUGAGGUUCACUUGUUAGCGCAUCGGAUCGCCAUCGAUGGCUUACUCUCUCUAGGAGUUUUAAAAGGAGACAGGAAGGAGAUUCUCGAUGCUCGGACGAGCACGGCAUUCCUCCCUCACGGCUUAGGCCACUAUCUCGGAUUAGAUACUCACGACACUGGUGGUCACCCCAACUAUUCGGAUCCCGACCCGAUAUUUAGAUACUUACGAGUCCGGGCGAACCUCCCUGCUGGAAGCGUGAUUACUGUCGAACCCGGUAUCUACUUCUGCGAGUUUAUCGUCAGGCCUUACUUGAAGGACCCUAAACAUGCCAAAUUCAUCGACGAGAAGGUAUUGGAUAAGUACUGGGAUGUUGGUGGUGUGAGGAUUGAGGAUAACUUGCUCAUCACGAAGGAUGGUUCAAUCAAUCUAACUGAUGCAAUCAAGGACCCUGAUGAGAUAGAGAAGAUCAUUUCUAGCAGCUAAGUAAGGAAUAUAUGAUUUGUAUGAGAAGGGACAAGUAGUUGACGAGUUGUGGUGUUGCCACUACUUCACAAGCUCUUCCCUACAUUAAUGAACAAAGAUACAAAUAGAAAUAUGAUACCAAUACGUCUGAU